CGACAUUCUUCUUUAGAUCUAAAAAAGAAAAAAACUAUAAUUUGGAGGUUGUAAGUAGAAAUAUUUGUUACGAAUCAGAAGAAAGAUGGCAUGCAUUAACAAAGGAUGGGAGGUUGUAUGUAGAAAAAUCAGUAGCUGUUUGAAAAGGAAAAAGGGGAUCGAAAACAGAGACAAGAGCAUAGCUGAAAGAUGGGAGAUUUUGAGUGGAAAAAAUAACUGGGAAGGCUUACUUCACCCUUUGGAUUAUGAUCUCCGACGAUACCUCAUUCACUAUGGCCAAAUGCCUCAAGCCAUCUGCGACUCAUUCAAUAAUGAGAAAGUUUCAAAAUACAGAGGAACAAGUCGAUACUCCAAAAAGAACCUCUUUACAAGGGUUGGGCUCCACAAAUACAAAUACAAAUAUGAAAUCACCAAAUAUGUGUAUGGAGCUUCAGAUGUAUCUGACAAGAUGAAAGAAUCAAAUUGGAUUGGGUUUGUUGCUGUUGCUACUGAUGAGGGUAAAGUUGAAUUUGGAAGGAGAGAAAUUUUGAUUGCUUGGAGAGGGACCAUUACGCAAUCAGAACACAACGAAGACGAUAAAUGGUCGUUAGUCCAACCAACAAAAAUAUUUGGUGAAAAUACGGAUAACAUUCUUGUACACAAAGGUUUUUAUUCAGUUUAUACUUGUCUUAAUGAAGCGUCAAAUUUCAACAGGACAACCAGUGCUAGAGAUCAGGUUCUUGAAGAAGUUAAAAGGUUGUUGAAGCAAUACAGUAAGGAGGAAAUCAGCAUCAGUGUUGCCGGGCAAAGCUUGGGUUCAUCAUUGGGCACACUAUGCGCAAUUGACAUAGUUGUCAACCAAAUCAAUAAGGAGUUUCCAGUGAGUGCAUUUUUACUUGGUUGCCCACGUGUUGGAGAGGCCAAUUUCAAGAAAGCUUAUAAAAACUUGAAAAACCUUCGUAUCUUGCGGGUUACCAAUGUCUCUGAUCCCAUUCCGAAGCUGAUGGAGCGUGGACAGGUAGAGGGUUCUGCAACAGAAUGGAGGGCGUAUGAAGAUGUUGGCUUCGAACUUGUAAUUGAUACUACAAAAUCAGAAUACUUGAAGAAAGACAUAUUUAGUCAUACUCUGGAAGUUUAUCUGCAUGGAAUUGCUGGAACACAUGGACUAGAAGGAGAGUUUAAGCUGGAAAUAAAUCGAGAUAUUGCACUGGUGAAUAAGAAAGGUGACUAUUUGAAGGAUGAAUAUGGUAUACCAACUUCAUGGUGGAUCGAGAAGAAUAAAGGAAUGGUUCAACAAGAAGAUGGAUCUUGGAUACUCAUCGAUCAUGAAACUUGA